UUAGCCAAGGUUUCCUUACCACAAAGUGGCGGAGAUAAGCACACUAGAAUCCCACCACAGAACACUUAUCUACCGCACGUACGGCCCUCCAAAUGUGACGUAUACAGCAUUGCAAGAGAGUGAAUUUUCAGCAAAACAAAAGUUUGCCCCUACAUUCUUUGACGUCGCUGGAGUCACUGAUAAGAUUGUAAAUGACUUCGAUCUUAAACAGUUUCUGAUCUAUCUCAUAAACGGCCAAGUAAAAGAAUAUACUCACAUGGUAAAGAUCUACAGGAAAGCACAAGACGUAGAACAAAUGAGGAAACAAAGAAAAGUAAAUAGCCAAAGAGCGUGGUCAUUAAUAUGCGUAGUUUCUGUUGCUGACGCGUUUCCGGUGAAGCUCCUUCUUCACGUUUGCGAGGCUCUGAAAGAAUUACAGGAACACCCGAGAGACGGAGCAAGAGUUUUUGUGAUUCUCACGAAAAGUGACGAAUUGGACAAAGAAGACCAAAAUACGAAAAUAGAAGAGUACAGAAAGAGAUGUAUGGAAAAUUUGAGCGUUGUGGAAACGCGAAUUUUUAAGGUAGAAAACUUCAUGGUAAACGAAUGCAGAGAUGACCUAAGUAUGAAGAGGAAUCUAGAAAAAGAAAUGCAAGUUCUGACUGCUCUAAAUCAUAUUCUUCAACCAUGUCACAAACCCCCCUUUCUUGAGCUAUAAGAAGAUUGAAAGCUGACAAUAGUAUUUUGGACCGAUUAGAUGAAAUGUUAGAAGAUACAGCACUUUGUCUGAUAAGACAAUUUCAUGGAAAGUAAGUACACUGUAGGUACAAGUAUUGUAUGCUUGCGUAGAUAAUGCGAUUUUUUAUUGUUAUCAGCUAUUGCACACUGCUAAAUGAAAACUUACACAACGAUAUACAUGUAUGUGACUAUAGUUGCAUGAUACGGGCAAUUUGACACAAAUUCUUGAA